CCUCGGCUGUCCUGAUAUCCCACAAUUGUACUGAGCUGCACAGUGUGAUAGGCUGGUGGAGAGGGGGAACUGCAGCAGAGUAGCACCGCUGUCAGGAAACAGAAGCCCACUACGAAUGCAACUCGCAUAACCAACUGAACGAGGGACGGUUUGCCUGCGUGAUUUACCAUGACAACUGAAUCAGGCGCAGACUCGGAGGCCAAGCAGCCGCAGGAGAAAGAGAAGGGGAAAGCUAAAGAAGCCGCCGAGCCCACCUCGCCACAGAACCAGCCGGAGCAGCUUCCCGCCGCCGCCGGACACAGCACCCCGGCCCGGAAACAACAGGAGCAGCAGCAGCAGGAGGAGGACCAGGAAUCCCACAGGUCAUCUACCAGUCGUCUGUCCAGGUCUCCUUUGAAAGGAGUGAAGAAGGUGAAGAUCAUGCAGUGCAAAGUCGCCCUGCUGGACGGCUCCGACUUCACACUCAACGUGGAGAAACGAGCCAGGGGUCAACUGCUCUUUGAUAAAAUCUGUGACCACCUCAAUCUACUGGAGAGGGACUACUUUGGCAUCACGUGCAGAGAUGUAGAGAAUCAGAAGAAUUGGCUGGACCCGGCCAAGGAGCUAAAGAAGCAGAUCAGGACCGGUCCCUGGAACUUUGCUUUCAACGUCAAGUUUUACCCUCCAGACCCCGCCCAGCUGACGGAGGACAUCACAAGGUACUACCUGUGUCUGCAGCUGAGAGACGAUGUGGUCUCUGGCCGUCUGCCCUGCUCCUUCGCCACCCACACGGUGCUGGGCUCCUACACGGUGCAGUCUGAACUGGGAGAUUACGACCCCGAGGAAUUAGGCAGCGACUACAUAAGCGAACUUCGCUUCGCACCCAACCAAACCAAAGAGCUAGAGGAGAAGGUCAUGGAACUCCACAAGACCUACAAGGGGAUGACACCGGCCGAAGCAGAGAUACACUUCCUGGAAAAUGCCAAGAAGCUGUCCAUGUACGGCGUGGACCUCCACCACGCUAAGUUGGUAGGGAGUCUCUAUGAAUGCUUGGCUCCAGCUGAGGGAGAGGACUCUGAGGGUGUGGAGAUCAUGUUGGGAGUUUGUUCUAGUGGCCUGCUCAUCUACAGAGACAGGUUGCGGAUCAACAGGUUUGCUUGGCCCAAAAUCCUCAAGAUCUCCUACAAGAGGAACAACUUCUACAUCAAAAUCCGGCCCGGCGAGUUUGAGCAGUUUGAAAGCACAAUUGGUUUCAAGCUUCCAAAUCAUCGCGCUGCCAAGAGGCUGUGGAAGGUCUGCGUCGAGCACCACACCUUCUUCAGGCUCGUGUCCCCCGAGCAACCGCCGAAGAAGUUCCUGAGCCUCGGCUCCAAGUUUCGCUACAGCGGCAGAACGCAGGCUCAGACCCGCAGGGCCAGCUCUCAGAUCAUCAGACCUGCGCCGCUGUUCGAACGCUCCACCAGCAAGCGCUACAACAUGUCCCGCAGCUUAGAUGGAGCGUCCAUUAUGGAGAACCAUGAGACUCUCAUGAAGGACAGUGUUGCCGACGGGGCAGCCAAAGUCAUUGCCAAGGGAGACAUUAUCACCACGGUAAUGACGGAGAAGAAGGCAGAGGAAGAGAAGGCGGAGCAGGAGGACGCUCAGAUGGAUGCAGAGACGCCAGAACCCACAGCCACAACACCGCUCAGACAAGACACGAAGUGCUCCCCUCCUGUAUACACAACCGACCCCCUCCGCUCUGAGCUCUCACUCCCCUCAUCUCCUGUUUCAUCCACCAAAGUGCGGCGGAGGCGCAGGGAGAACACGCGUAAACGGGCCUCGUCAGUCAGUCCAGCCAAGAGCAGCGCCGGGUGCCGCCGCCGGCAAGCUCUUGCCGACCGCAAAGCCGCCCUGCUGGACGAGCAGGUGCUGCUGCUCUCGGCCCGCAAGCAGAGGCUGGAGCAGGGCAAGAGCCGUGGCGGCAUGCUCUUCUCCUUCUCCCUGCACCUGCCCGACCUGGCCUCCUACCUCGAUGAGGACGGCUACAUCUCCUUCCCCGAUCUGUCAGAGAUGCGCUUCCUCCCUCUGUGCGCGCAGCACUUCCUGCCCAUUAAGUCACCGUCACUUAUCCCCUGCUUCCUCUUCAUCUUUUUCUUCCUGCUCUCCACCUCCUUCUCCGUCCCAUACGCCCUCACCCUCUCCUUCCCCCUGGCGCUGUGCCUCUGCUACCUGGAGCCCAAGGCGGCCUCCCUGACCGCAUCCAUAUCCCAGGGCUACCAUGACAAUGACAGUUCAGAGGAAGAGGAGACUGACAGCGAUCAAACUGACUUUGCCUUUGAUGGAGAGAUGACCGCCACAGAGUAUAGUUUCAUAAGACGAGUAAAAGGGGAAAACGUUUUUAUCAAGCAUAGUAAUCUGAUGCUAGAGGACGCCUCGCCUCCGGAAGAGAUGGUCAAGCACCAGACCAACAUCAGCGAACUGAAGCGCUCCUUCCUGGAGACGGGCGACAGCACGCCGGGCCUGACUGAAUGGGAGAAGAGGCUCUCCUCGUCCCCGGCGCGCUCACCCAGAGCGGACGACGCGCCAAUGAUUGUGCCGCUGGAGCCGCAGGAUACGAAUGACGAAGAGCUGCCUGCAGGAGAAGAGACACAAGAGGAGGUGCAGCGUAAAGCCACUGAGGCGGCAGGAUAUCUGGUGAAACACGUGGUGGAUAGUAUCGCCACCUCCUCAGGGCCACACGGGAUUAGUCUGUCGACCACUAUGGACGACGACGUCUUCAUGGACGGGACCCUCAGGGAGGUGGAGGAGAAAACCCCCGACUCCCAAGAGGAGUUGUCGGAGAGGGCAGAGAUGAAGGUCAGCCCCGGAGCUGUCAGGCAGGAAGUGUCCCAGGCCAUCAGUGACAAGAAAGGGACUCUCAUUAUUCUGAAGGAGGCGGAGGAUAAAGAAGACACGGAGGGCGAAGAGACGAGCGCUGCAGAUGAAGAAGAGGAGCCCGUCGUCCCUGGAGAGGCCGACGCUGAGGAGAAGGAAACGCUAUCUGAAUCUGAAGAGAGAGGAUCUAUCAAAGACGACACUUCUGUUGGUGCAGAAGACGAGACGCAGAGUUUGAAGAUAGAGAUAAAAAUUGAUGACAUGACUCAGAUUAAAGGUAUUGACUCGCCUAAAAAGGCCAUGGCGUCGUGGAUAUCUGAGGAGGUGAAGCCCGGGGCUUCGGAGGUCAUCGGCGUGUCGACAAAAGAGACGAAGAGCUCCGACGCCGCAAACCAGGAAGCAGAAAUCUUCACGUUCGAAGAGGUCCAAACCGUUUCUGAAUCGUCGGCUACAUCCUUAGCAGUGUCUACGCUGGGAUGGGUUUCCUCCUCUGAAAAGACAUCAGCUGAACCGGAGGAGAAGGCGGUGGUCGAGACGGAGGCAGCACCCUCCGAGUCGACAGGGCCAACGAGUCUUGAUGUCGUCGAGGUGGGAACCAAAGAGUGCCCUGUCGUCCACACGGAGACAAAAACCAUCACCUACGAGUCUGCAGAGGCCGACACUAACGGUGACGUCGACCCCGGGGUGUUGCUGAGUGCUCAGACCAUCACCUCGGAAACCAGCAGCACCACGACAACCACACACAUCACAAAGAUGGUGAAAGGAGGAAUAUCAGAGACGAGAAUUGAGAAAAGAAUCGUCAUCACAGGAGACUCGGACAUCGACCACGAUCAGGCUCUGGCUCAGGCCAUAAAGGAGGCUAAAGAACAGCAUCCUGACAUGUCAGUGACCAAAGUAGUGGUACAUAAAGAGACAGAGAUCACGCCAGAGGAGGGGGAGGACUGACCCAGGAGUAACACUGAGGGCUGUUUUCUGUUCAACCUCCCAGAAUCCAACAUCCAGAACUCCACAUUGUACUCCGGGACUCUCAGAACUCAGACUAGACAGGAUCCUGCUCUCCAAAUGCUGCAGCUCGCCGCUAGUCGCAAACCAUCACCUGCAAAAUACAUAAAUGCAUCUCGCAUGAGGCGGACGCAAUGUUGCAUUAUCAAACAAAUGGCCAGAUUAUACUGAAAACCCGUACGAUUUUUAAAAAAAUGGUUCUCGAUCCACCUGCACGCCUGAUCCCUGUGUGCGGCAAGCGGACCGUUUGCUUUCACUGCCUUAUGACUUUGAUGCAUUUUUAUGAUUAUUGAGAAUAAUUAUUGUAGCAACGUUUUAUUUAUGAAAUAAAGCCAUCACUCCAGAAACUUAAAAUCGCUGUAGGCUGUAUAUGUUAGGGAGCAUACACUAUUUAACCUUGCUGUAGAAGUGCCAACCUCAUUUGCCAGCAAGCAUUGCCUCACUCACCCGAUGAUUUCCCGUCAGGUAUGCCACUACAGAAGUCACUACGGCCCGGUUCUGUACAUAUCGAAGCUUUCCUCGGACAAUAGCAAACUUAUCUUUCACCGUUGAUUUUCUUUUUUUGUCACGUCUACUUGAAUUGCAUUUUCCUUUUUAAGAUGAUUUCAGUAUUUUAUCGUUUCCUCAUCGAUUUGAUUCCACCAAAACGUCAAGGAAUCAAUAUUUCUGUGCGAGAAAUAUAUAUUUUAAUGUGCCUGUGCAGGCUUUGAAUGUUCUCCAGGGUAGAUGACCGGCUGCCACACAAGUCCCAGGUUUGUGUGACUUUGAGGCAGAGGGCUCAGACUGCCGAGCUCUUCCCAAAUUAGAUGCAAAGCCAAGAGAGAUCUGUAAACACACCCCUCCCCCCUCCCACCCUGAACGUGUCAACUGUAUGCCCCCCCCCCCCCCCCC